AUGAAGGCAACAUUCUCGCUGCUCGGCCUGGCCGUUUCGGCCCUGGCUGCCAACGUCCAACGCGGCCACCCGGGAGGGCACGGCGGUGGCGGUUACCAGGUCAUCACGACCACAACCCAGGUGGCCGUCUCCUACACGACCAUCUGCCCCGUGACCGAGACCAAGACGGCGCCCGGGACCACCUACUACACCACCUACACGACCACCAGCGUCUGUGAGACCCAGGUCCCGACCACGAUCUACCAGACCGUCACCGGCCCGGCCAAGACGGAGACGGCGCACGAGGUGGCCUACAGCACCCGCACGACGCUCUGCCCCGUCACGGAGACCAAGACGAUCGGCGGCGAGGUGCAGACCAUCACCUGGACCUCGACCAGCCUCGUCGAGGUCGCCAAGCCGACGACGGUGGACGUCUACGUGACGUCGAUGACGACGGCCUACAAGACGGUCGACACGUACGUCACGACGACCUGCCCGGUCACGACCUACACGACCGUCGUGCAGGGCGCGACCGAGGUGCGCACCGAGACCAGGACCAAGCACGUCACCGUGUCCAAGUCGUACGUCGUCACCGAGGUCGUCCCUGUCACCCGCACCAAGGAGGUCGACUACACCGUCGCCGUGACGGUCGGCAACUCCGAGACGGUCACCGAGUACCCCGAGACCUGGGUCACCGUCAACGGCACGCUCUACUCGACCCGCUCGCAGCCGCCGGCGACCGUGACCCAGCCCGUGACGCGCACCACCACCAGCGCCGCGACGUCGGCCAGCGCCCCCGUCCAGGUCACCAACGCCGCCGAGGCGAAGCAGCCUCCCGCCGUGGCCCUGCUGGCUGGUAUCCUCGGCGCCCUGGCCCUGGUCUGA